AUGCCGCAAAAUAUUUUCACCAUUUUGAAUGACAACAAAUGGAGGGAGAUAAACAGUAUGACAAACGAGACGGCAAACAGCGGUUCACUGCUGGUCGGCGGCAAUCAGACCCGACAUCAGCGCAAAGUGAGCUCAACGACUGAGUUUAAAGAGCUGACCAAACGGGACGCUCAGCACCAGUUGGCGCAAGAGUUGGACAAAUUGCUUCGUACGGCGAAUGCCAACAGCAAUGAGAAGUCCAUCUGCGAGCAGGAGUUUAAGGGCUUCCAACAGUUGUAUAUGAAAUACCUUCAGGGCGUCGGACCCGCUGUCCAGUGGGAGAAGAUAGAGCCCCUCCCGGAGGACGCCGUCCGCAGUUACUCGUCGCUCAAAGCGCCCCAAAAGGAUCAGAUCCGGCAAAUGCUUAACCAAUUGGUUGUCGUCAAACUCAAUGGUGGUCUCGGAACAGUUAUCAUAAUCGCAAACCACGGCGACCGCAUUGAUAUCCCCUCCGGAGCUAUACUCGAGUCAAAGAUUGUUUCGGGAAAUCUCCGUAUUCUCGAUCAUUAG